CAUCGAAGAAGCCAGAUGGUUUGACGUAAGAAGGCAACGGACAAUGAGUCAUCACCACUCUUUUUUUUCUUUAUGUCAGCUACUUGUACAGUGCUUGGCUGUUGCUGCCAAUGUCAAUUACCAUGACUUCUUCUUCUUCCUCCUUUGUAGUUAAUUCCCAAAAUGCCCUCACACUUCCUCACUAAUUCCCCUCCGUCCUCCUCCGACCUUCCAAACGACGCCGUCGUUUCCGCCCCUUCCACUCCCUCUUCUACUACAGACAUGUGGAAUUAUGUUUGGAUUCCGAUUCUUAUUUCUCAAUCCUACACUGACAAUCUUCUUAUUCUUCCCGAGGGCGUGCCCUCAUGUCCCGCGCCCGAUCCCACGCUCAACUACCGGCCGGUCAUCGGAAUUGUGAGUCACCCUGGGGAUGGGGCCUCCGGGAGGCUGAAUAAUGCCACCAAUGCUUCCUAUAUUGCUGCUUCUUAUGUCAAAUUUGUUGAAUCUGCCGGGGCUCGUGUUAUUCCCCUUAUCUAUAACGAGCCUCCCCACAUUCUUUUUGAGAAGCUCAAUCUGAUCAAUGGAGUUCUUUUUACCGGGGGCUGGGCUAAAAAUGGUCUAUACUAUGACACUAUAAAUGCAAUUCUUAAGAAAGUCUUAGACAAGAAUGAUGCAGGGUACCACUUUCCUUUAUAUGCAAUUUGCUUAGGCUUUGAACUUUUGACAAUGAUCAUCAGCAAGGACGGUAACAUUCUGGAAUCUUUUAACGCAGCAGAUGAGGCUUCUACACUUCAGUUCAUGAAAAACAUAAAUAUUGAAGGAACCGUGUUUCAGAGAUUUCCGCCAGAAUUGCUUAGAAAGCUGAGUACAGAUUGUCUUGUCAUGCAAAACCAUCAUUAUGGUAUCUCACCAGAACGGCUUAAAGAAAAUCAAGAUCUGUCUAGUUUCUUCAAGAUAUUGACUACUAGUGAAGAUGCCGAUAAAAAAGUUUAUGUCUCUACUGUACAAGCAAACAACUAUCCUGUGACUGCCUUUCAGUGGCAUCCAGAGAAAAAUGCCUUUGAAUGGGGUUCAUCUAUGAUUCCACACUCAGAGGAUGCAAUUCAUGUGACUCAACAUGUUGCAAACUUUCUUGUAAGUGAAGCUAGGAAGUCAUCGAACAGGCCAGCAGCUCGCAAAGUUCUUGACAAUCUUAUUUACAACUUCAGUCCCACAUAUUGUGGGAAGGCUGGGAAGGGAUAUGAUGAAGUAUACAUCUUUACAGAAGAAGCCAGACUCGGAAAUGAUUGUAAAUUGUAGUAUUGUAACAUUGGCAUUCAAAUCGGCUAUGCUGGAUUCAGACAAAACCAUCUCUGUGUUGUUAUGCUCUGCAUAUAGAUAGUGGUAUCACUUUGAUAACUUACGCUGCAUAUUCAUUUAGCUUUGGACGUAACUCCUAAGCUACACCUUGUAACUUUUGAGCUACCUUUUAACGAACCGAUUAAAAUAUCAAAUUUGAAUGGAACCUACCUAGUAAUUUAAA